AUGAGAGAAUUAUUCAAAAUGGGAGAACAGAAAAUCCUUAUGAGAUUUCUUAUGGCUAUGGCGCUUCAGUGCUUACAACAGAUGAGCGGAGGAAAUCUAAUUUCGGUCUAUUCUACUAUUCUUUAUCAAGAGAAUCUUGGAAUGAGUGGAACAUUAUCCAGAAUUUUGUCUGGUUGUACUUUGACAUUCAAGUUCUUUUGUGGAUUUAUUGCCUUUUUCACUGUUGACAGAUUUGGUCGACGUCCAUUGAUUGCGGCUAGUGGUACUGGAAUGGCGUGCUGUAUGAUGUUCCUUGCUAUUUCAACGUCCCAGAAGCACAAUAGCCAUGCUAACAUUGCAUCAGUGUUUUUCAUCUUUGCUUUCAAUUUUUUCAUUCCAAUUGGAUUUUUGGGAUUGAAUUGGUUGUAUGUGGUGGAAAUCAGUCCUACUCGGUUUAGAAACCAUAUUGCUGCUUUCUCCUCGGCGAAUAAUUGGAUAUGGAACUUUGUGGUAACAAUGAUUACACCUAUUGCAAUUCAGUCGAUCGACUACAGAUACUACAUUAUUUAUGCUGUUAUCGGCUUUUUGAUUCCAUUCAUGGUUUAUUUCUUCUUCCCCAAGACUGCAGGAUUGACUUUGGAAGCAAUUGAUUUGGUCUUCAUAAAAGCCAACUCUCCUUUUGAUGUUGUUGCAACUGCAAAGAGGGAAAGAAAGUUUCUCUUGAAUGGAGAUCAGACCCAGAACUUACACGCUGAAAUGUUGGAAAAGGCAGAGGUUCUGGUAGUUGACCGAGCAAGUAUGGAUUCGAAAAAUGAAAGAGGUAAUAAACCUUAA